CUGUAGCAACUUUCCUCAUAAUUAACCAUAACUCCUUAAAUCCUCAAAUACAAGAGAGGUUCAAUUCAACCACAAGAAUUUGAACAUACUUCUUUAAAUCUCUUUUAUACAAUUGGACAUUAUUUUCUAUUUCUUUCAAACUAAAAAAAGAGUGUUGCUUUGUCCUUUACAACCUUACCUAAUUUUAAACACACCAAAAUCAAAAAUUUUUCCCCUUAAUUUCUUCUAUACUCUUUUGGAUUAUCCAUAAAUUUCUACUUACAUUUUUCAGAGAGCAUGCCUGAAUGUCCAGAGAAAGGGAGAGAUAUUUGGAUGAGAUAGGAAAGAAGAAAGAAGGAGAUGGUUGUUUUAAAAAGGGAAGAAUGUUAGGAGGUUCUGGAACAUUAAAUACAACAACACCUUGUGCAGCAUGUAAGCUUUUGAGAAGAAGGUGUGCACAAGAAUGCCCUUUUUCUCCAUAUUUCUCUCCUCAUGAGCCUCAGAAGUUUGCUUCUGUACACAAAAUUUUUGGUGCCAGCAAUGUCUCAAAGAUGCUAAUGGAAGUAAGUGAGAACCAAAGAGCAGAUGCAGCAAAUAGUCUUGUUUAUGAAGCUAAUGUAAGGCUAAGAGAUCCAGUUUAUGGUUGCAUGGGUGCAAUUUCAUCUUUGCAACAACAAGUUCAAUCAUUACUAAGUGAACUUAAUGCUAUAAGGGAAGAAAUACAUAAAUAUAAACUCAUAGAAGCUAACAUGCUUCCUUCUUCUGAAGCUACUGUUUCAAUUGCUACUCUUCCAACACCUUCAACAACAACACUACCAAUGCUUCCUUCUUCCAUUUACACACAACAAGAUAAUCCUACCAAUUAUAACACAAUUUCAACUGAUCAUAUUUCCUAUUUUAAUUAAUUUUGCAAACAAAAUAAUAAUAUUAUUAUUAUUAUAUUUUUUAUUAAUGAUUAAGAAGAGGAGAGUAUUAAUUAGUCA